CAGUGCUUCUGCCUCAUGCCUGUCAGCGGAAUCAGUGCCCCCUCUUGCCGAGGGUUGAGUUUCAGCCGCCGGAGCUGGCGGUUUUGGUAUAGCGUCUUGUAUCUCUGUGCCACUUCGGUGGAUCUGGGAUUCAGCAUUCACAAGGUGACCCACAGUGGGUUGGAUGUGCGCAGUGUGGAGCCCAUAGUUUUCCACGUGAGCAUCCUGAUCGCCUCGUGGCAGUUCCUCAACCUGGCGCGCCUCUGGCCAGGAUUGAUGCGCCACUGGGCGGCGGUGGAGCAUCGGCUUCCCGGCUACACCUGCUGUCUGCAGCGAUCUCGCCCUGCUCGUCGCAUCCAGCUGGUGGCCUUCCUGCUUCUAGCCCUUUCUCUGAUGGAGCACCUGCUGAGCAUUAUUUCGUCGGUGUACUACGACAUCUGUCCCCGAAGGAGGGAUCCCGUGGAGUCGUAUCUGCACGCCAACAGUGCCCAAUUGUUCGUUGUGUUCCCCUACUCCAACUGGCUGGGUUGGCUGGGCAAGAUCCAGAACGUGCUGCUCACCUUUGGCUGGAGCUACAUGGACAUAUUCCUGAUGAUGCUGGGCAUGGGUCUCAGCGAGAUGUUGGCCAGACUCAACCGCAGCCUGGAACUGCAGGUGCGACAGCCCAUGCCGGAAGCCUACUGGACAUGGUCUCGCACUCUCUACCGCUCAAUAGUGGAGCUCGUCCGGGAGGUGGAUGAUGCCGUAUCCGGAAUAAUGCUGAUUUCCUUCGGCAGCAAUCUGUACUUCAUCUGCCUGCAACUGCUCAAGAGUAUCAACACGAUGCCCUCCUCGGCCCACGCCGUCUACUUCUACUUCUCCCUGAUGUUCCUGCUCAGCCGAUCGACGGCCGUACUCCUCUUCGUGUCGGCGAUCAAUGACCAGGCGCGGGAGCCACAGCGUCUGCUGCGUCUCGUCCCCCUCCGGGGAUAUCACCCGGAGGUCUUCCGGUUUGCCGGAGAACUGGCCAGCGAUCAGGUGGCGCUGACGGGCCUCAAGUUCUUCAAUGUCACCAGGAAGCUGUUUUUGGCGAUGGCAGGAACGGUGGCCACCUACGAACUAGUGCUCAUUCAGUUUCACGAGGACAAAAAGUCUUGGGACUGCUCGGCUCCCAAUUUAAGUUAGAGACUAGGCUAACUAAAACACAUAGAAUACCA